UCGUUCAGGUGAGAACUCGUGAAAAUGGAAGUUCUGACGGUUAUUUUGUGGUUAGUGAUAUUACUUAUUCCGGCUACUUAUUUAUUUUUCAAAAAAAAGUACUCGUACUGGAGGGACCGCGGAGUACCGCAUCCAGAGCCGAAAAUACCUUAUGGGAAUCUAGAGAUUUCCGCUGGUAUGCGAAACGCGGUUGACAUCCUCUAUAAAUCAAAAACUGACUUCCCGUUUGUUGGUGCAUACAUGUUUACGACCCCAGCCGUUUUGGCCACUGACCUAGACUUCAUCAAGGAUGUGCUAAUUCGUGAUUUCAACUAUUUCACUGAUCAUGGACUCCCCCACAAUGAAGAAAUCGAUCCGCUUUCCGCAAACUUAUUUGUUCUGGAUGGUCAAAAGUGGCGCACACUACGGACGAAAUUGUCUCCAACGUUUACUUCUGGACGGAUGAGGUUUAUGUUCCCCACAGUUCUUGAAGUCGCGGAUCGGUUUAUCGAAACUCUAAAUGAACUUCUGAAGACUCAGAAAACCCUGGAAGUAAAAGAUCUUUUGGCACGUUUCACAACCGAUGUCAUCGGCACUUGCGCCUUUGGAAUUGAAUGCAAUAGCUUGAAGGAUCCAGACGCAGAAUUCCGUAGAUUUGGACGUAAGCAUAUCGAAGAACCAGCUCAUGGGCAAUUCGUCCUUGGUUUGAUGAACAUGUUUCCAACCAUCAGCGAUAUGCUGGGUUUAGCACGAACACGCCGGGAUGUCACCAAGUUUUUCAUGGAUAUUGUUCGAGAAACGGUGGACUAUCGUGAAAAAAACAAUAUUCGUCGAAAUGAUUUUAUGGAUCUUUUGAUUCAGUUGAAGAAUCAUGCGAGAAUCGAAGGAGAAGAUCACGAGAGUAUUGAUUCGAAAAUAAUUGACAAGCUAACUUUUAAGGAACUGGUCGCGCAAGCUUUUAUAUUUUUCCUUGGUGGGUUCGAGACUUCAUCGUCAACCUUGACAUUGACUCUCUAUGAACUAGCUAAGCACCAGGACAUACAGGAUAAGUGCAGAGCAGAAGUUAAUCACGUAUUGGAGAAAUAUAACGGAAAAUUAAGUUAUGAAGCCAUGAACGAAAUGCACUAUGUGGAACAAACUAUUUUGGAAACCCUCCGCAAAUAUCCAAUUCUACCAGUGGUUCUACGUAAAUGCGUUAAAGACUAUCAAGUACGCGGCACGAACAUUAUUAUUAAAAAAGGAACACCCGUGCAAAUUCCAGCUUAUUCAAUUCAUCAUGACCCAGAAAUAUAUCCUGAUCCCGAAAAAUUUGACCCCGAUCGGUUUUCACCGGAAAAUGUUAAAUUGCGACAUUCUGUUUCAUUUUUAAGUUUUGGUGAUGGACCACGAAAUUGUAUUGGGCUGCGCUUUGGAAAGAUGCAAUCCAGAAUUGCACUAAUAAUGUUGUUGCAGAACUACCGAUUUAAAUUAUCUUCGAAGUCACCUAAUCCGCUAGUUUUCUCCAAAAAAAGUUUCAUACUUGCACCAGAAGGCGGGAUGCACUUAAAUAUUGAAAAAAUAUAAAAUAUUAAGAUUCAUAUAACUACCACGUUGUAAAUAAUAGCUUUAAGUGACAGUGUUUUCUAUUUUUAAUAGUAAAUAAAAAAUAUUGGA